CUUGUCGUCGACUCCUCCUCCUCUUCCCCUGUUUCUAUUACGCUAUAAAUCCAGAACAGGGUCGUCUCGUCGGCAACCAGAUCGUUGUCUUCGACCCUUUCAUCCCGAGGUUGCAGUUUUGGAUCGAUCGGUAGCUUCCUGUGCUCGUGCCUGGGUUUAGAAGAAGCCGGUUGGCAUGGCGAGCUACGUCGAGGAUACCGAGCUACGCCUUGGUUUGCCGGGAUCCGAUGCGCUGGCUACAAGGGGUAGCAAAAGGUCGCUGCCGGAGGACGACGCUGCGGGCGACGACUCCAGCUGCCGAAAUGGCGGAUCUGGCUCGGCGGCCAAGGCUCAAGUGGUUGGUUGGCCGCCGAUCCGAACGUACAGGAAGAACAGCUUCCAGGCGAUGAAGGUGGAGUCGGAGGCUUCUGGGUUGUUCGUGAAGGUUAGCAUGGAUGGAGCUCCUUACUUGAGGAAGAUUGAUCUCAAGGUUUACAAAGGGUACAAGGAGCUCAGGGAGGGCUUGGACGGCAUGUUCAACUGCUUCUCUCAAGGAGAAUUCUCAAGAAAAGAAGGGUGCAAUGGAUCUGAAUUCGCCAUAACUUACGAAGACAAAGAUGGAGAUUUGAUGCUGGUCGGAGAUGUUCCUUGGGAGAUGUUUAUAUGUUCUUGCAAAAGGCUAAGGAUAAUGAAAGGAUCUGAAGCAAGAGGUUUGGAAUCCAGACACUAAGAAAUCCACAAUUCCUCUACAAAUAUGCAAAAGGAAUCCAGUAUUUUCUUUAUGAAAAUAGAUAAUUUUGCUUGGAUUUGCCCAACUCCACAGUCCUGCUGAAAAGAAAGCUUGAAACUGCAUCUCUGUCAACUGGAUCAUCUUCUGAAACACAAAAGAUGCUAAAGGAACAAAAAAAUUAGAGUUCUUCAGGACUACUUGUAUUUCACGCAAUUGUACAUAGAAAGUCUGCCUGCUUGUUUUUGUAUCAAAGUCGAAUAGUGUGGUUGAAGUUUUGUACCUUCCUGCUAUUGUGUAAAAGAUAAGCAUCAAGUUUUGAGUA